UAAAGAUACAGUAGCGUUUCAUAUUUCAUCUAGUGAUCACUUCUUGCAAGUAGAAUUCAUAUUCAAUACAAUGGGUAGAGCUGGGAUGAUUUGCCGGCAGCAUGUCGGUUGACGAGAAGGAGUAUAGACGAUACCGGCCGAAUUAGCCGGUCUUAAACCCCCCACAGUAUCGGCCGAAUCGCCGACUGGACGAUUUAUCGAUGAUGAAUUGUUUAAGCAUCCCAUCGCGCGGACUGCGCCGAUCGGUCGCGAUUCUAACAAUAUGGACUUCAUUCUGCUACCUCUUAUUCAGGGUCCCUGAUGUUGAGAUACGACCAUCUUUAUCCCUGCAUAGUAGAGAGCUUCUAGCUAGACAGGAGAAUGUUACUUCUCCCUCCAAUAUUCUACAAUCUACUACAGAAACAACAGAGGUGAAUGUGUUUGAAGCGCAGCCUUAUAUCGAUCGAUCUCCAAAAAUGAACGAAACUGAGAAAGCAAUAAAACUUCAGGUUCAAAUCCCCAAUCUGCCAUUGGUCUACUGGUUUCAAAAUAGAAAAAACAAUCCAAGCAAGAAUUCAUCAUGUGCCAAGUAUCCCAGCGUCUAUGAUAUUCAUUUUAAUAAUAUUUACUGGCAACAAACUGAUACAAGUAACGGAACUUUCUUCCUCUACGCAGCUUAUUUAGACGUCAGAGCUUCUAACAGGUUGGGGCCCACUAUACGGAUUCUAACCAUGAUCAACAGAAUAGAACCUACGGUUAAAACUCACUGUCAGCUGUGGUUCAAUUCGACAAAUACACCAAUUUUUUCCAAGGUUCUUGAAUACAAGUAUAUUUGGUAUAAGAAAUGGGGAAACUACAAGCAAGGAAUAUUUCAACCCUAUCUCUUAGCAUGUCAAAUACCUAAGUCGCACUGGGGCGAGGUGCCAGCAUCUGUUUCUAUAGUAGAGAAGGAAUGUGAUGAUGCUACUAAUAAUAUUAGGGUGAUCUACAACAAACACGAGGGCCCAAAGAAGAAGUUUGCCGUGUGUGUCAAAGGAUUAGAUUUCCCAGAUGACGACCUCUCCGUUAGAUUAGUUGAAUGGUUGGAACUGUUGAAUACUCUUGGAGCAGAGAAAAUAUUUAUGUAUAAUCUAGAAGUCCAUCCAAAUGUGACGAAGGUUUUAAAUCACUAUGUAGAGAAGGGUAUUGUAGAUUUGACACAGUUAUCGUUGCCAGGUUAUCAACCGAACCUGCCUGGGCUGCAACAUCUUUACCUCAAGAGUAAACUGAAUAACAAGCGGCAAAAUGAACUUAUUCCGUACAAUGAUUGUUUGUACAGAAAUAUGUACAGAUACGAGUAUGUUGCCCUCCUGGAUAUCGACGAGGUCAUCAUGCCUCUGCAGCACAACUCCUGGCAGGAUAUGAUGGAGGAAGUCAUCAAGGCAAGCCUCAAGGUGAAGAAUGAGAGUAGAGCCAGUUAUAACUUCAGGAAUGUUUACUUUAUGGAUGAAAUGUUGGAGAGUAAUAAUCAUGGACAUUUCAAAGAUAUUCCUCCUUACCUACAUAUGCUGCAACAUGUUUACAGAAGUUCUAAUUACACGAAACCAGGACAGUAUGUUAAAUGCUUCCAUAACCCAGAAAAGGCAUUAAUUCUUCACAAUCACUUCCCCCUGGGCUGCCUGGGAGGCGUAUGUACAUCAUAUCCUGUAGAACCGGAACUAGCACAUUUACAGCACUACAGGUCAGACUGUGUUUCUACGCUAAAAAAGUCGUGUGUGGACAGUUUCAAAAAAUAUAGUGUGAAAGACACGACUAUUUGGAAAUGGAAAGACCAGUUGAUAAGUAAGACGACAUCAGCGCUUCUGAAAAUGGGAUUUUUUGGCGGGAAAGGAGAAAACCGGUUAAAGGAAUUAACCGAGGCAUCUCCCGUCAACGCUGUGCCCUAAGAUGUUCCUUUAUUUGGGACCCUGUAGUUAAUGUGCCGUAAAUGUAUCAAAAUGGUAAUUUCAUGAUGUACAAAAAUGUACUUCGUACACUAGAUGUAACUGUACACAAUGAUCCUGUGACUUCAGUAGCAGUUCAAGUUUUGUACAAAAAAAGGUUGUACAGUAUUUGAACAACUAUGCAACGUAUGCCAUGAAAGAAGACUAUUGGUGGUUGUGAUUAUCAAAAAUUUUAUACUAAAUUUCAUAUUAGAUUUUGUUACUCAUUUUUGCCCUGGCAAAUUAUCGAAAGCAACCAUUAAAAAAUUAUAAUUGUA